UGUUGCUGGCUUUUCGAAGUAUGCAAAGCGCAAAAAUGUCAAAAGGUUUACCCGUAGUUGUGGUUGAGUAUCACCAUCAUGCGUUGCCUCAUAUGUACCGCAUGAUCGGAAGAAAAAAGCUUCCGUUUUCGGGUAACCUCCUCAUUCAUUUGGACUCUCAUCCGGAUUUGGUAAUGCCGCCGGCGCUGGACCCAGCGUUACUGAACGAUGCCCAGCAUGUUUAUGACGCGACAAGCAUCGAGAGUUGGAUUCUUCCUGCCGUCUUAGCGGGACAUGUCUCUCGUGUGGUUUGGGUGAGACCUCCUUGGUCCGAUCAGAUACCCGACGGAACACAUCGCUUCUUGGUGGGCACGCGCAGUGGUCGUGCCAAGGUGUCUUGUGCCGAAUCGUACUUCUUAAGCGAAUGUAUGUGGUCACCGGAAGAAGAGCUACAAGACCCGCACGAACUAUCUCUUACAGUUCAGACCCUGGAAGAGGAGAGUGUGCAAGGAACGUGGAUCAAGUCUUUCGUGGGUCGUUCGUACGUGCUCGAUGUGGACCUAGAUUUCUACAGCACGCAGGACCCUUUUGCGCUCAUGUUUACCGCAGAGCAGGAUAAGAUGCUUCAAGAGUUGUACCACAUGGAGAUGCCCUUAGAUCGAAGCCAAGGAACUCUGGAGAGAGUGCAGCAUAGACGAGAGGUGCAGCUGAAUGCCCUCAAGUCCUCCCUCCUAAAAAUGAUUGAUGGAAAGGAGGAAAACACAAAUGAGAUUGAGUCAUUGUCGGAGGAGCUUACAGAAAAAGAUCGUGCACUUUUACAACGUCUAGGAGAGUCACUCAGAGAAUGGACAUCCUCACGGAAGAUUUUUGCGGAAGGAAAAGCGAAGACACUGCUCACAGAGCCAAAGUUCUUUCCCAUCCCAUGUUAUGUCCAGCAUUCGUGCAGCACCAAUCAUACCAGACGACACCGUCAGCAUCCUUUCCUGUCGUCUGCUACGGAAUAUCUUGUGGCUGUGUCGCAGGAUAUUCCCCACGAUUUCAGCGCACCUUUAAACACCUACGCCAAGAUUCACCUCCAAAAUGUUUCUAAGCAAAUGCUGAACCUCUCUUUUAACAGCCCUCCAGUUGGCGUUCCCUUGACGGCAGAACUGGUCCAUGAUGCCGGCUGCAGCAGAGACCGCGACUCCUCUCUACCUCAUCAUCCGAGCUCACGCAAGGAGAUGAACAGUUUGCUGCGAUCCACCGAGCGUUUCCUGCAGCGCCUUCCUGCACCUCCCACACUUGUCACGGUGUCCCGGUCUGCACAAGACGACUACUGCCCUGCGGAAGAUGUGCAGUACUUACAAGACAGCCUGUUAGAAAUGUUGCAAAGGCUCUAUGGGCAGCUGACUGUCACUUUGGACUACGAACAGGAUGUGCAAACAACGCAAGACAGCAGUUCUCAACCUUUGUGUGGACCACAACUGGAUGCCGUGGCAAUGGACAGUUCUGCGGCAGUAGCUAGUGUGACGUAAAGUGUAUCGGUUUUUAAUGACAACAAGCAAUUAGUAAGCAUGAA